AUGAGGCCACGAGUGCCUGUGUACUCACCUACUCACCUCAACCUCAUGCAGGAUGAGCUUCAGCUCCUGGACCUCAACAUGGCAGAUUUUCGUGCUUCUCAUCAUAGUGUUGGAAGUUUGUAUGAAGUCAGUGUGUGUCUACUCACAAAUGUUUACCAAGGUAUUGUUUACCAAGGUAUUGUUUACCAAGGUAUUGUUUACCAUGGUAUUGUUUACCAAGGUAUUGUUUUCCAAGGUAUUGUUUACCAAGGUAUUGUUUACCAAGGUAUUGUUUUCCAAGGUAUUGUUUACCAUGGUAUUGUUUACCAAGGUAUUGUUUACCAAGGUAUUGUUUACCAAGGUAUUGUUUACCAAGGUAUUGUUUACCAUGGUAUUGUUUACCAAGGUAUUGUUUACCAAGGUAUUGUUUACCAUGGUAUUGUUUACCAAGGUAUUGUUUACCAAGGUAUUGUUUACCAAGGUAUUGUUUACCAAGGUAUUGUUUACCAUGGUAUUGUUUACCAAGGUAUUGUUUACCAAGGUAUUGUUUACCAAGGUAUUGUUUACCAAGGUAUUGUUUACCAAGGUAUUGUUUACCAAGGUAUUGUUUACCAAGGUAUUGUUUACCAAGGUAUUGUUUUCCAAGGUAUUGUUUACCAUGGUAUUGUUUACCAUGGUAUUGUUUACCAAGGUAUUGUUUUCCAAGGUAUUGUUUACCAAGGUAUUGUUUACCAAGGUAUUGUUUUCCAAGGUAUUGUUUACCAAGGUAUUGUUUACCAAGGUAUUGUUUACCAAGGUAUUGUUUACCAAGGUAUUGUUUACCAAGGUAUUGUUUACCAAGGUAUUGUUUACCAAGGUAUUGUUUUCCAAGGUAUUGUUUACCAAGGUAUUGUUUUCCAAGGUAUUGUUUACCAAGGUAUUGUUUACCAAGGUAUUGUUUACCAAGGUAUUGUUUACCAAG